AGCGUGAGUCAUCUCGCUCCAUGAUACCUCCCGCGACGUGGGCGGGGGUAAUGUCAAGCAGGCAGAGCGACCUGGAAAGUCCCCUCAGUCAAGCACCCUUACCACGCGAAAGCCUUCAACUCUGAGAUCGAUAUCCCUACACAAAAUACAGAAAAGCUUCUUUGCGUCCCGCGCACUGUCAACAGCUCGAUUCAUCAUCGAUGACGACCACCAAAACUCCUAUUGGGGGUAUCCAGAAGGACUACCACAAGGUGUACAUCGACUUGGGACUAGCACAAGCCCGAAAGGAGAUACGGAUCCUCACCAUCACCCCUGGUGACUAUGAUGAUGACAAUAUCGACACCGGGAUGUCUGUUGCAUCUCUGGAACACGGCCAUGUGGACUUCAACGCUCUGUCAUACGCCUGGGAACCUCCCAACUCCCCUAUCCCCCAAAGAACGAUUCAAAUCAACCGUCAUCCCUUCAAAGUCUCGGCGACAGUUUUCAUGGGACUGCAAAAGGUCCGUUGGUAUUUCAAGAGAAACAACAGCCCGGGGCCUAUCAACCUUUGGGUCGACAGCAUCUGCAUCAACCAAGAGUCAAACGCCGAGAAGAAUCACCAAGUUCCUUUGAUGUCGGAUAUAUACAGCAGCGCAUCGCUGGUCAUCGUAUGGCUUGGGGACUGUGACUCAGCGGCUGCCUCGAUAAUGAGUUCUAUGCAGGAUUUCAAUGCCUCGCUCAAAGCAGCCAACACCGACGGACAGAGAGAGCAUCAUGGCGACCACAGUCAUUCAGCACCUUCUGAGGCAGCCAGCAAUGAUGAAGAACAAUCGGUAUCCGACGUUUCUGACAAAAAGGAUGCUAGCGGUAAGCUCUCGGCGUCCUUUGAAAAGCCCGAUGGUCAAGAUGAAGCGGCGACUACCGAAAUGGACCUCGACGAAUGUGCUGACGAGGCCAUCGUCGACCAUUACGAAAACGAAGGCGACGUCCACAUGAUUGAGGAGGAUGGCGACGGCAAUGAGACCGACGAAGACAACCACCAUGAGGCUGACACCGGUCAUGACGACGGGACGGAUGAUGAGUCGGACGACGGAACGGAUGAUGAGUCGGACGACGAUGACGACGAAGCCUCCAUCAAUCUCUACGAGGCACGAAGCUUCCUGUCCGACACGCGACAGUUGUUUCAACGCUGUUUGCAAAUCUACAACCGAGCGUGGUUUGGCCGGACAUGGAUUCUGCAGGAGGUGGCCCUUGCUGAAAAGCCGCCCAUUGUGCUUUGCGGUAAUAUCGACACUGAUUUCCACAGUUUGGUCAACGCAGGCAAACAUAUAUGCGGUCAUCCUAUCAUGGAAAAACUCCGCUGGGCUCAAGGGGUCGCCGGCAGCGCCGAUUUGGAGCCACUAUACUAUGAGCUUCACGAGAUGGUCCACGGGCCUAUCUUGUGGAUUAAGCGGCUUCGGUCGAGUUUCCAGGCAGCCAAGAGUGUCGAAGGCGGCCUACCACUUGGAGACCUACUAGCCCGUUCACGCUUGGCCCUUGCCACAAAUCCUCGGGACAAGGUCUACGGCAUUUUGAGUCUUGCCGGCGAAAGUGUUCAAAAGUCUAUCACAGUGGACUACGACAAGACCGUCACGGAAGUAUACGAGGAUGCUACAUCCUCUCUCAUCAAGGCCGGGGACUCGUUCCAUGUUCUCUCCAUGAUCAGUCAAUUCCAACGACCUCAGCAGGAACCCCACUGGCCGACGUGGAUACCUUAUUUUGGUGACUACGUUCGCAAUUCCGGAAAUACUUUGGUCUUUGUCGCCUAUCCCCGCGCCUGCUCAGGCUAUAAAGCAUCGGGGCAUCUGCCCGCCAUCCACAGCAUCAUGCCAAAACACACACUGGUUCUGUGGGGGCUCCAGGUCGAUCGGGUCCAUGAUACGAACGAUUAUUGGCCUUCGGUGCCCGAGACGUGGGCACCGGGAGAGGAAGUCUUCGCCCCCAGACUCGAAGGCAUAGUCGAGUUAUUCUACGGUCACGGUAGAGAUGGAAAUAGCACAUCCUCAGACGACAACAUACCAUGCCCCGAAGCAACCUACGCACCGCGAUUACGACACCACGGGCCAAUUCAUGGCUCUAUCGACCAAGAAAUAAUCGUCCAGUCUGCGGUGAAACCGCUCUAUGAAGCGAUUUGGCGUUGCCUGAUCGGUAACGCUGCGGGCCUAGAUAAUAGAGGCAGACCUGUCGAGCCCAAGCAUGUCCCUGCCUCCGAGUUUCAUCGGCAAGCGCUGUGCGAGUGGAUUCGACGAGUGCUCCCCACCCGGCACGAGAAGUUCUGGCUCCCACAUAGUGAGGGCGAUCCCCCCCGGCUUGGCGCUGGUUCUCCGCGCAUCGGAAACGUAGUUGGGGGUCCCGGCUACCGGCGGCAGCUCCUGGUACGGCUGGCUGAUAUAUGGGAUGAUCGCAAGGCGUUCAUCACCCGUGGCGGCUGGAUCGGGUUUGGACCUCGAUCUAUGGAACCGGGCGAUGCCAUUGCCGUCAUCGUCGGUAGCGGCGUUCCCUUCGUACUGCGGUCAAAUCCCAAACGCCCAGGGGCAUUUCUAAUGGUCGGGGAGUGUUAUGUUGAGGGCUUGAUGCUUGGCGAGCUUUUUGGUCAAUGUGAGGACUGUGGGGAGCCGCUGCACCAUGAUAACCUUGUUCGAGAGGAACGACGUGUGAAAUGCGACGGGUUUCAGGGGACUUUGGACGUGAUAGAGAUUGACUGAUCUGGACUGACUUUUCCUUGGAAUAUCACUCUCAUAUCUCGUCGCUUCGUUUUGCUCUUUGGUCUACUAAUUACAGGUGACAAAUAAUUAAAUUCGUACGCCCUGACCUCUUAAUAUUAACCCUAUUCCAUCAAA